AUGGAAUCGAAAUCUGAAUUAAUUACUCUUCCAAAUGUAAAAACUAUUAAAAUUGAAACGGGUCUUUUUAUCAACAACGCUUUUGUUGAAUCCGUUGAUAAAAAAUGUUUCGAAACUAUCAACCCAUCGACCGGUAAAGUAAUUGCAACUGUAUCAGAAGCUUCUUCAAAAGAUGUUGAUUUGACGGUCGAAGCUGCUACCAAUGCUUUUUAUAAUGUUUGGAGAUUUGUUGAUGGGAAAGAACGUGGUAGAUUGUUAAACAAACUUGCAGAUUUGAUAGAACGAGAUACUGAGGAAUUAGCGGCUUUGGAGACACUUGAUAAUGGACAAACCCUUUCUACUGCGAAAUUUAUUGACAUUGGACAUAGUAUUGAUUGUUAUAGAUAUUUUGCCGGAUGGACUGAUAAGAUUCACGGAAAAGUUAUCGAGACGGACCCCAGUAAAUUUUCUUAUACUCGUCACGAACCACUUGGUGUUUGUGCCGCAAUAAUUCCAUGGAAUUUCCCUAUAUUGAUGCAAGCCUGGAAAAUGGCACCUGCUUUAGCGUGUGGUAAUACUGUAAUUCUAAAACCAUCCGAAAUGACACCGUUGGGUGCUCUUAAAGUUGCUGCGCUAUGCAAAGAAGCAGGAUUCCCAGAAGGAGUUGUUAAUGUUUUGAACGGCUAUGGUCCUAUAACUGGUGCAGCAAUCGCUAAGCAUAUGAAAAUUGAUAAAAUCUCAUUUACUGGAUCUAAUGCAACGGGAAGAUUUCUAUUAAAAGCAGCUAGUGAAAGUAACUUGAAAAAUGUAUCACUCGAAUUGGGUGGAAAGUCUCCAAACAUAAUUUUCGCAGAUGCAGACCUUGACCAAGCUGUUAAAUGGGCUCAUAUGGGAAUAUUUUUCAAUCACGGACAAUGUUGUAGUGCUGGAUCUCGUGUUUAUGUCCAAGACAGUGUUUAUGAUGAAUUUUUAACAAAAUUUAAAGCUAUGACAGAAUCUAAUAAGAUUGGAGACCCCUUCGCAGCGGAUACUUUCCAAGGACCACAGAUUUCUCAGGUGCAACUUGAUAGAAUUAUGAAUUAUAUUGAAUGUGGGAAGAAAGAAGGGGCUACGUUACUUAUAGGUGGUGAGAGGCAUGGUAACGAAGGAUACUUUAUUAAACCAACCAUUUUUACAGACACUAAUGAAAAUAUGACCAUAAUGCAAGAUGAAAUUUUCGCACAUUUAACAAAAUACGGAUUAGCAGCUGCUGUAUUUACCAAGGAUAUCACUAGAGCUGUUAAAUUAUCCAAUGAAUUAAGAGCUGGAACCGUCUGGGGAUAUAAAGAAUCUGGUAUGGGACGGGAUCUUUCAAAAUAUGCUUUAGACCAGUAUACCCAAGUCAAGACUGUUCAAAUUAAUUUGGAUAGUCAUUAA